CGGGUUUCCUGACUGUGUGCGGCUUGACGGAGCGGCAGUCUGUGCGGAAGUUCUUUCAUCCUGCAGGAGGAGAAGAAGAAGAGGCUUCUCCUUCGUCUCCUCUCCCCGCCUGGACACAACAAACCUCCGGACAGGAGCCUCCGGGGCCCCGGGAACAUCCACACACCCGCCGCCGACUGCAGCAGCUCCUCCGCCGGUCUCCGGUACCCACGGGCGAUGGCGAGGCCGAGCCACAGCGAUCACGUCCUCCAGCAGCUCAACAACCAGCGUGAGUGGGGCUUCCUGUGCGACUGCCUCAUCGCCAUCGGUGACAUCUACUUCAGGGCGCACAAGGCCGUCCUGGCGGCCUGCAGUUCCUACUUCAGGAUGAUGUUCAUCCGGGACCAGCAGGGGGCGGGCCGUCUGGACCUCAGCAACAUGAAGAUCAGCGCCGAGUGUUUCGACCUCAUCCUGCAGCUCAUGUACCUCGGGCGCAUCGUCGUGGGGACCUACGAAUUCGACGAGCUCAAGGCCUCAAUGGCGUACCUGCAGAUGUACUACAUCCCUGACUCGCUGGAGGAUCUCAGGGACAUCAGGAGCUCCAACCUCACCCCGUCCUCCUCAGCCUCCUCCUCCUCCAGUUCCUCCUCCAGUUCCUCCACCGGCCCCGCUGGCGGGAAAAUGAUGUUUGGAGUCCGCAUGUACGAGCAGCAGAGGCCUGCCGCGCCGGAAGCGGAGCGUAUACCGAAACCUGUCAACAGCAGCGCCGCACGUCCAGCUGUUCCGGCAACCGUCACAAGGCCGGUGGUGGCGGAGGAGGUGGUGAACACGCCUCUGACAGCAGCACCACCGGCCGUGGACGGGGCGGUCGAGCAGCCGUGUGACUUGAGAAAGAGGUCCAGCGGCAGAAGUUCAGCUCUCAAAGACCGCCCUCGGUUCGGCCGCACCUACACCUGCGACGACUGCGGCUUUGUGUUCAGUUGCGAAAAGCUUUUAAUCGAGCACAUCCUGACCUGCACUAACCGGAAGGCCUAUCAUCCACCGAGAGGUAACGUUGAAGGCGACAAUGACUCGAGUAAGGCUGAAAGCUCCGCAUCUGAGAGCACAGAGGAACACAGGGUCCUCUGUAAAGGCGAGGACGACUGGCCCGAGGCCAAGGCCAACUCUGACCUCUCCAUCAGGUCGGUGGCAGCCGGGACAGACGGCGAGCCCGGGUCCACUAGGAGCAUCUCCAUCAAGACGGAACCGGAAGAAAGCAUGUUCCCCGAGAUUGAGGUGGUCCGAGUCGGUGAGCACACCGCCAAAGACUGUAGCACACGGUUCAAUGACGUCACACGUAAAGACUUGCUGAGGGAGAAAACGGGAUUGGACCGAGAACCAGAGCCCGGCGUCUCAGGUUUGGAGAACAGCAGCGAGCCUUUUGAAGUCCACAUGUCCAGCAGCGAUGAUUCAGGGAUUCCUGCGAAGCUUCGUAAAGUCAAAGACGAGAAGCAGGACGCCGACUGUGCCCCCUGUGAACUGUGUGGUGCUCUUUUAACGGAGGAGGACAAGUCAGCCCACUACCUGUCCAACCACAUGGGCCACAUAUGUGCCUGUGGACGGUGUGGCCAGGUGCUGAUCAAAGGUCGGCAGCUCCAGGAGCACGCGGAGCGCUGUGGAGAAUCCCACGGCGGUGAGUCAGACUCACACGGGGAGGACGAGGCGUCCCUGCUUGAGGAGCCUCAGGGGAUGGAGGAGGGCCUACUGGAGGCCACCGACCUAGCCUGCCCUCACUGCGGUCUGCUGUUCCAGAACGAGAGCUUGGCGCUGGAGCACGCCUUGUCCUGCCACGACCAGGAGCUGUUCCGCCCAGUGCUGCUGGAGGAAGGAGCAGAACCAGAUCACCGUCGCAAACACUUCUGCAGCAUCUGCGGCAAAGGCUUCUACCAGCGGUGCCACCUGCGGGAGCACUACACCGUCCACACCAAGGAGAAGCAGUUCACCUGCCAGACCUGCGGGAAGCAGUUCCUGCGGGAGCGCCAGCUCAGGCUGCACACUGACAUGCACAAAGGCAUGGCGCGCUACGUGUGCCCGGUCUGCGACCAGGGAACCUUCCUCAAACACGACCACGUCCGACACAUGAUCUCCCACCUGUCUGCUGGGGAAACCAUCUGCCAGGUGUGUUUCCAGAUCUUCCCUGGUGGAGAGCAGCUGGAGAAACACAUGGACGUCCACCUGUACAUCUGCGGCGUCUGUGGGGAGAAGUUCCGCCUCCGUAAAGACAUGAGGAGCCACUAUAACUCCAAGCACACCAAGAGACUAUAGGAACGACUCAAACCAUCCUCCGCAUUUAUACUAGUUUGUUACUUAAAAAAAAGCCAUAAAUGUGAGAACAAAUGUAUGCACUUGAACCCCAAAAAGACAACUUUUUAAUCUGCACUUUUUAAGUAUAUGCAUAACCUAAACAGGCGUUCAUACUGCGAGCAGCGGAGCUGGUGAUUGGUUGCAAUGCUAUGACUCUGUGUAUCAGUCUGCAGCUUUUUACUUUGAUGAGAUGACAUUAAGUCAAUACGGAUCAGAGAGACGCGCAUCGUAUUUUCACAGCUUUGAAUCGGGAUUUUCUGAGACGUUUCCUUCUGGUCGUUCGCCAGAUAAAAGUCAGUAUCAUUAUCUGCAGGUGAAACAAUCAUGUAAGGUGGGAAACGAUCAGGUUAAGAAACCCGGCUGGUUGUUGCCAAAGCUGAUGCUGCGCAGUUCAGCCUCAGCCACUGGCGGAGACGCCGUCAUAGCUAGCCAGCUGAGUAGCAUCGAGUUGAAUAUUAAUAUUUAGAAUAUUUAUAAAGAAGCUUUUUUUUUUUUUUAAUUUAGGUGCUACAUACAUAAUAUUAGCAUUUCAGGUCAUUUGGAACAUCAAACAGGGACAGAGCUUUAGGUCCCAGAGUCUAAAAUGAUUCUUUAGGCCCUUAUCAGACAGGAUGCAGUUUUUGCAGUGAGGGGGGUCUUUUCCGGUUGUUCUCUGCAGACUGUAAGCGUCUUACGUGCUGCUUGUGCGUCCCGGGCCCUCAAGUUGAAAAACUUCAACUCAGGGUUGUGUGGCCCGACGAUCCUAAAAUAAUCCUUGAACCGACCACAAUCCGGCGAAGCUCCUGGACCAGCUGGUGUUUUCUCUGUUUCCCUGAGUCCAGCGUAUUUACUGGGAACAGCGUCUCACCCUCCGUCAGAGCCAGAGCAAGUGCUCUCCACCUGGAGCCUAUAUAUUUAAAUAACACAUGCUGCUCUGUGACUUUACUUCACAACAAAAUCACGGUUAGGCUAAGGACAAGUGAUUGGGGGUUGCGAGCAACAAUU